AGUUAGAGAAGGUCAGCUAUGACACCUAACCUGGUCAGAAAUCUCCGUAUUUUGUUCCUGACUAAAGUCAGGUGUAAUGAGAUUUGUUUUCAGAGCUCUUGUUGAAAUACCAUUGACACGUAUACAGAAUUUCACAGACAUUUAAUAAAAGUGCAUAAUCUCCUUUGGGGAUUGCUGACACAUAGAGAAGUCAAGAUCCACACUUUAAAAGGAAUGUGGGUUUGGUAGCGUCUAAACUAUUACCCAGACAGCUUAGGACCAAGCAGUAGGGACACAUGCUUGACUUUCCCCCCCCACCUGCAUCCCUCUUCCAUGUGGGACAUAUCUUGGGAUUGUUCCAGACAUCAGUAUGGCAGAUCUGCAAUUUUAUCUCCUAGGUAGCAGCAGUCACUGAUGAAGGCUGGCUGUGUUCAAGCCUAGCUGGUACUCCUACAGAGGAAUGGCUAAUCAAAACUUAUUGUCCUAGAAAUUUCCAAACAACACCCCAAGCUGGUCAGAGACAGCUUCUGAAAGCAUUUUCUAUCAGACUGAGAAACAGGAUUAAAAUCUUUUAGUUCUUAGCUGCAUCCCUGGUCUUUGCUGCUUGCCACAGUCCCAAGAAUCAGACUGUAUCACCAGUGCCUCAAAAGUAAGCCCCUCAGUAAAAGGAUCAGGGGAAAGAAAAAGAAAAUUUGAAAAGGCAGCCUCAGCAGGUGAAGAAACGAGAUGGUGGAGAAAUCAAGCAAAACACACUGACAGAAGAUGUGGCUAAUGAUAAUGAUUCUGCUUCUGAGACUUUGGAGAUGAAAGUAAUUUUAUUCUUCUUGCAUCUCCCUCCCCACUGACAGUCUCUAGAAAGGAAAGCUGGAAUAUAUCCAGCAAUAUUUUUAUCUUUCUUUUUCUUUUCUGCCACAGUCUGCCAUCUACUUAGAAGCUCCAUUUCAAGCCCUGCUCUACUAGGGAGAGGAGGACUGCACUGAUCGUGUAAAAGGUGUGGAUAAGGCUGCACCUGUGUUCUUCCCUUGCUGUUCUGAGAGAUAAAAUUCGAUCAUAUCAAUAGAGACAUCUUUCUUUCUAAUGACUUGUCAAGGAAGCAUUUCUUAUUAAGUUAGGCAUGAUGCUAAGAACAUAUAUCACUGAACUGAGCUCUCUGAACAGAGACGGUGAACAUCUGCACCUGGAGUAAGGAAAGGAUGCCAGGAUCUUCCUUGCUGCACGGGAACAAACAUCUGAGUCUCUGACCUCUCAGAAAGGUUAACGAUGUCAAAUACGGUGGAGCUGACCACACCAUAACAUGCACACAGCUACAGGGACACAACGAGAGGGCAGGGAGGCAAUCUAUGGACCCCAGCAUCCUGGGACCCAGGACACACUGCCUGUUUGGGCAACGUAUCCCCAGCGGCCGCCGAGGGAGGCAGGACACGGGGUGCCGGGCAGGGGCCAGGCUGCACCCCGCCACUGGGGAUGGGGAGCCAAGGGGCGAACCCCAUGGGGGCGCUGGGGACUGCGCCACUGAAAGGGCGUCUGAGCCGCUCCUCUCUCUUCCUCCAUUGGCUCCGGGAGGAUAAAACUCAGAAGUUACUCCAGAAUAAAUGACAACUUUUUAUUCCUUUUCCCAUGUGUCGGGACACGAAGCUUUCACCAGAGGGACCUGUCCGUCUCCAGGCUGCCUCUUUCAAAGUACCGAGCAGCCGCCUGGAUGGCAAAGGGUUCCCAGAGCAGCAUUCAUCACCCUUCCAACUCCUUUUAUUCUCGGGUGAGAAACUCGCAGAGGAGAGGCGGGGGGCGCGGGCAGCAGCCGCCAAGUGGCUGCAGGGGCCGCUUGGCACAGGGGAGCGCAGACAAAAGCCGGCGGAACUACGUGGCUCAAAUUCAAAAGGGGCGCUCCGGGCUCCGCCGGGGCAGCCCCGGCCCGGGGAGGGGGCGGGCGCGGGCCGGGGCCGGGGCAGCCCGGCGGGCGCGGAGUGGGACGGGCGUGCGGGGGGCGAGCGCGGCUCCCCGGCCCCGCCGCCGCUCGCUCGGGGCCGCCGCGGCUGAAGCGGCCGCCCCAGCCCAGCCCAGCCCCGGCGCGGCGAUGAGGGGCAUCCCGGGCUUGAAGCGGCUGCGGCUCAAAAUCUGGCGGCGAUGCGCCCUGCUGCUGCUCCUCCUCUGGGCUGCCUGCUGGGUGGUGGUGAGCGCUGCGCUGUUCCUCCUCCACAGGAGCGUCUUCUCCGAGAGCUGCACGGACGAGAAAAGCCGCCGGAUCCUGGCCAGGCUGUGCCUCGACUACAGCAGCGGAGCCCUGACUGGGGACCUCUGUGAAGACCUGUGUGUGGCACAGAAGCUGGUGUACAAACACUGCCUUUACUAUGACAGAGGUAAGAAGGUCAUUCAGGCUGAUUGGAGAGGCCAGCCCAUCAUACUGAAAUCCAAAAAAGAAAGCUUUUCAAGCUACCAGCAUCUCAGUAUGCUAGAGGAGGUGGAAACACAGGAUAUCCCUGAAACAGAGCUUCUGCUUAUGGUAGCUCUGGAGGUCAAAAAUGCCCUGGGGCUGGAACUGUCUAACAAUACCAUGGGGCCCCUGUGGACAAGGAAGAAGGGACCACGUUGGAAAGCACAGGUGGCCAGCAUGUGGUCCUUGCUCCAGCAGGAAGAAUAUAUCUACUUCAGUUUGCUGCAGGACUUCAGCAAACAUGUGCUACGAAUUAUUGGCUCUUGUGGACACUUUUAUGCUGUGGAGUAUCUCACAGCUGGACAUGCCUGGCACAAAACUCUUUUUCCCUUGGAAAACGUGAUCGGCCCCUCCCUUACUGGACACAGAAGCAGGGUGAGAGCCAUCAUUGACAUUGCGCUCAGCUUUCUGGACAUGGUGCAGCAUUUUGAUAAUGAUUUCUCUCACCGCCUUCACCUGUGCGACAUCAAACCAGAAAACUUCGCAAUCAGGCACGAUCUCACGGUGGUGGCCAUUGAUGUGGAUAUGGCCUUUUUUGAACCCAAAAUGAGGGACAUCCUGGAACAGAAGUGCACAGGAGAUGAAGAUUGUAAUUUCUUUGAUUGCUUUUCAAAAUGCAAUCUGAAAAUCAGAAAAUGUGGAGCACAGAGAGCCAAUAACAACUUGCAAGUAAUUUGUGACAAAAUAUUCCGUCGCUGGUUCUCCCCGAAUCUCAGAGGACCGCUGGUUUCCCUGCCCCUGCAGCUGCAGCUGCAGAAAGCCGUGCAGGAGUGUGCCCAGCCGGGGCACACGGGUGCCGCCGGGCACCAGAGGACUCUGAAAUCCCUCUCGGAGCUGUACCACCUGCUGCGGGUCACUCAGCGAGAGCUGCAAGGGCCAGAGUAGACACAAAAGGCAGAGCUGCAAAGGCCACAUCCCAUUAUCUCUGCCAGCCCUCCUAACCCCCUGCUUUUACAGCACAGAGAUUGCUUUUCUGCUAUGCAAAUGAAGUUCAUAGCUGCAGGUGCAGCACGUCCUGUUAAUAUCCUGUCAAGUGUUACAUUGCUUUACAUUACUUGGAUUCUGUUCUUGCUUAUUCUCCUGAGGAAGCACUACCCCUGUCCAUCAGCAUACAGCACAUCCUUCUGAGCUGCAGUCGCUGCUCAGAUAGCAUCUGUCUGAGCGUGGUGCUCAGAGGAUGCAUUUACAGAAGAAAAGUGUAAGUGCAGCAAAACUUGAUCAAUAAUUAAAAGAAUGGGUGGGUGGGUGUGAAUAAGUACAUGUAUGGUGUUUGUUUUCAUUCCUCUGUCAAAUGAGGUGGGUUUUUACAGUAGAUACAGAGCAUUUUGUGUGGAAAAAAAGAGAAGGGGGAGAUCUCAAACAGGGAAAUGUGCUGUCACACAAGGAAGGAGUUGCUUUUGUACAAAGCAAUCUUUUCUGAUGUCCCCAAAUGCAUUUUCUCAGGAUCAUUGCAUUACCUGUGCCAUCUCUAACUCUUUUGGGGAAAAAUUAUAUAAAGGUACUUUGGACUUUUCUAGAGCAAAAUAAUUAUACCCCUGCUGAGCUCCCAUGUGGGUACUCAUAUCCUGCAGUGAAGAGGUAUGAAUAAUGCUACUGGAUUUUCCCAUGUGAACAAGCCCUCAGGCACUCGUACAUCAGAGCAUUUGAUAAGAAGCACUCCUUUGCCAGAGAGCAGAAUUGCCCAGGAAUGCCAGCCAUCUGUCCUUUGCACAGAACAAUAUCCAGAUGCAGAGUUUUCUUCCACGGUAUUUUUUUAAUGAACAAAAGGAAAUUUUUUUUGGUACAAAUUCAUUAUCUUGCAAUCAGUUACGUAAAUAAAGAUCUCUAGAUUAACUUAAAAACAUUGACUUUGCCUUUCAAAUGUGUAAAGCUGUAGCUGGAGAAAUUAAAAUAGGUUUAGGAGACACUACAAGUGCAUAGGCUCAAUACUAGGCAAUGUCCCCAUCAUCUGGUUUUGGCAUGGGGACAUUACAACCCCCACAAACAGGAAUCCCAGCAGCCUAUGGCAGCCCUCAGUUGGAGGAAUCAAUUUUAAGACCAGCAAUACUGGUUUGUGGAUGUGAGACAUGUAACAACACUUAAUCUGCUCCAUCUUUAUGUUCCUCAGCCUUAUGACAGCUGUGAAGCCUGCGAGUGCUAAUUAAACUUUCCAUUUCUGGAGUGCUUCUUUAAAGUAAAGCUAAAGACUGCCAAUGACCAGAAAAUGGGGGCUGUUGACGAGACCUUGAACCCUUAAAACCUAGCUCAAAUUUUCAGACUGGUGCUAGGGUGUUUUGAUAUAGAUUUCUUGCAAUAAGCUAUCAUAUUUUUAAAAAUCAUGCAAGCCUUCAAGAAACUCAUAGCAAGAAGAAGGUCAGAUGCCUUGCCUGGGGCUGGACAAGCUGCUGCUGAGGUCGAGCUCAACUUAGGAGCUCCUGACUGGUAAAGUUGCUCUCAGUCUCAUGCUUCUCCUUUAACCAGGCAGGCAAAGAAUGUUUCAAUACUUUAAGAUCAUUCUUUGCAAAAUCAGGAAGGAAAAGCAGAAUAAGAAGAAACACGAAUUCCAGAACUAGCCCUGUUACAAAGUCAUGAAAUAUAUGGAGAAAAUGAUAAAGAACAGAUUCAGAUUGUGGCAAAGGAACAGGGAUAGGUAAAGUAUCAGUUAGAGAGAAGACAAGACAAGAUAGAUUAAGGGGAAAAAAAGUAAAAAAUACGUCAGCCUUUGUAGAAACAUGAUUUAUGAUGCAAGAUUCAAUAAAGUGACAUUUAGUCUGGGGAAGAAGAGGCUGAAGACAAAGAUGAUAACUUUCUUCAAAAACAGAAAGAGGUUGAUAAAAAAAGAAUAGGAGAGAACUUCCCUGUCCAGAUUUCCUUGGUGGAUAUGACCAGCAAUGAGCUUAAACUGUAGCAUGGAAGAAAACAGGUAAGAUAUUUUCUACAGGUUUUCUGAUAGAAUGGAACAGUGAAGAUAUGACACAAAUCAUCUGGGAAACCUUCAGACUUCAAAAAUUGUGGUUUUUAACUACAGGCAAGAGUGAGUGCCUGUAAGGAAUUAUGUACAUGAAGUUAAGUUGGUGAUGCUACCUUGAGGUAACUUCUACCUUCAAGACAUGUGACUAUGUAACCACCAGUUUGCUUUUGUGCUUUCGUGACACAAAUCAAUUUUUGUGCUCUCUCACAACAAAUCCCCCCUUCCUGAUCCUUGCUAGGUCAGGAGGGACUCAAUAUAUGUCUCAAAUGCUAAUGGGGAACCUGAAGAUGCUCCUGUUUCCCUGGUCCCAUUCUUUGCUCCAUCCCAAGCUCAGAGGGUACCUUCAGGGAAAAGCAGGCAUCGCUCAGACCCUCGGUGCUUUGCAGUCAUGCUCCCCCCAUGGGAGAUCCCCUUCCCAUUUCCAGAUUUGCAUUUCAGACAGGAUAAAUUGCUGUUGGGUGGGAUGUUCCACUUUCAAAACAGAUGGAAAAAACAUAGUGAAAUGAAAACUGGUGGCAGCCAAAUGCUGGGGGAAUGUGACUCUGCUCAGAAGAUCCUUUUUCCUUGGCAGGAUAUAGGAAGGGAAGCUGCCUUUGACAGAUUUCUCCAAACCCUUCAGGGCCUGGCUGCAGCCACCUCCACCUGGCAGGGACCUCCUUCCCCCACACCACACUUUCCCAGGACAUUAGGUUUCACUUCUUUUCAGCAUACAGAGAAACCUCAGAAAUCUCUCAAGAUCGACACAAUUGGGUUAUUUGUCCUUGGCUGGGCUGUGAGAUUGCAUAUCACUGAUGCAGCCAGCUCCAGGCAGGCUUUGGUGCACACCUUCAAGGAGACAAGGAGAAUCUGACAGGCUCUGUGAACACAGGGCUUGAUUCUUCACAGCCCCCCAUGUGCUUUGUAAUGUCACUAAAUCCAGGGAAACAGGAGAGAAAGCACCACCAGUGCAGCAAAUGACAUAUUGUAAUUUAAUUAGCACAGGUAGCAAUGACCAAAACAGGAAUAAAACAGUAGUUGUGCCUUUAUGUCCCUGGGGCAGAAAGAAAAACCUAAGGUACUGGUUUAGUUGCCAUUUACCUUAAGUAGACAAGUGCAAACUGCUGUAAUUUGAGCCUGUAUGAUUUUAUAACCACAUUUUUGGUGAAAAUAUUGGUUUUUUUGAUUGAAAAAUCUAUACAGGUGUUUGACAGGAAGACCCAGGGCUGGUGCUCCUUUCUGACAAAGCCACUCUCAUGCUGCCCUGGCAGCACUGCCCCCCCCUUUGGCAGUUAGUGCACCAUAGCUUUGCAAAAAUUGUGUAAGAUUCUUCCCACUGCUCAUCCCUUCCAUAUAAAAGAUGACUUACACAGGCUCACUAAUAGCAUUUGGUUGCACUGGCAACAGCCACUUUAGUCCAAGAGGUCUGUUCCCAUUCAAUUGAUCUCAGCCCCAUCCCUUUGCUCUGUUAGUCUGUUCCCAUAUCCUUUUUGCCCUAUAAAAGUGGCAUUAUCUCCUGAUUAAUUUCUACCACUUGCUGAAUUAGUGCCUUAGUCAGCAACUUCCACCCCAUAUUUAUGGCUCCCUGUGAAACAGGAAUGGCAUUAAGUCAUUGUUUAUUCGUUCUUUGCAUCUCAGUUAGCAGCAUAUGCUUCAGCUCUGCAAUAAUCCAAAUACAUUGUCUGUCCCUUCAUUUUACAAGAGGUGAGUCCAGUUGGAGGUCUGCUUCAUCUUUAGAAAAUCUUUAGAAAAGAUAAAUUCAACCCAGUGAUCAAGAUUUUCACAGAUCUCCUGAUUUUCUCCAACUGGCAUUUUAUGCUCUGCAAAACACAUCUGCAAAGAAUAUUCCUGCACUAGGAUGAUACAAAACAGAGCAGAACUCCUUGCUCCAAAGGGUUUAUGUGGUCCCCCUUGUGUUCUAGGUUGGCUCAAUGGUGACUAGUCCAGAAAAGCAGGUCAUUGCUGUAGCCAGAGUUGUUUUUACAGAUACUAUUGCUCCCUAAUGGGACUUCCCAGACUCCCCCUUCACUCAGAGCAUUCAGAAGCAUUGCUAGAGGCACCACUAGAGAUAACAACAGAUAUUUGGGACUGGGAGAGAAGAGACAGAAGGGUUUGAUUUUUUUUAUUAGAAACAUUAGCUGAACAACACAUUACCUAAAGGUGAAAAAUGGGAUCAUGUACUCAAGAGGUUAGAGACUCCUCACUCUCCUCACUGAUAUUUUUUCCCCUUUGUUAUACAAUGUAGAUCCAAGCUAGCCUAUUUAUUUUGGUGUAGAUAAAAACAAAACAAAACAAAACAAA